GACAAAGCAAACGUAAAUCAAAGACGUGCACACACAAAUAAUCAACACUACUGUAUCAACCACUAAGUCCACGACAGCUUUCACGAAAGCAAGACCGUGCAUCCGACUCACCACUUUCACUGCUGCUCUCGUUUUGCCCGCCGCGACCUGCUUAAGGUUGCUAGAUUGCCCACACGAAAGCAACUUAACUGCGUUACUGCGCGUCAUCGUGCGGCUUGGCGAGGAGUCCAAUCGUGACGAAUGUCGCUUCGGCCGAACAGCGGGGUGCUUGCCCCGACCAAGCAAGCCAGGAAGUGCGCAGUGCCGACACCAGCCCGCAAGCUGGUGAUCAUGCAGUUCAGGGGCCCAAACCGGGAGGCCGCCCGUGAGAAGAGCCAAAACGUCGAUGGACUUGAAGUCGCGGACGCUGAGCCCUGGCGCCGCAGCGUUGACACCAUGCUACACCGAGCCGCCUCCUCGCUGCAACGCGGCCCCUGCACCUGCCUCAGCUGCCGCGGCGGCGGCACCGUGGAGUGUGCGCAAUGCAAGGGCGCGGGCCGCCUGGGUGCCGCCGCCAUGGAGCGCAGUCAGCUGCUGCGCGGCGCCUUCCGGCAGCUGCGCAUGGCGGUGGGGCUGAGCCACGAGGUGCCGUACUGCAGCUCCGAGUACAUGGUCAGCAACAGGUGCCCUCGCUGCCACGGCCAGGGCCGGCUGCUGUGCGAGCUGUGCACCGGCAGCGGCCUGCGAUUCCCCCACCUGGCCAAGAACCACUGGCGCCAGUGUGCGGGCCAGCCCGGCGCCGAGGGCGUGGCCCCCGACACGGAGUGCACUCUGCCCGAGUAAGGCACGCGCACACACACACACACACACACACACACACACACACACACACGUGUGUGUGUGCCGUAUUGCCGUUGCAUCAUUACAGUACGGUACGGUACAGCGGUACGGCAGGGCUAGUGCACGUGUCUGGUUGAUUGCGACAGAUGAGAAGAGCCUGGUUGGAUCGGAAGGGAAUGUUCCGGGCCACGAGAUGCAGCCGUCAAAGGCAAGGCCGGGACCGAGCAACUGUGUUGCGAUUGAUUGCACAUCAUGUCAUAGUACUGUUUAUUUUGAAGGAUUUUACAGUAGUCAGUCAUUUGUUGGUCGGUACCGCGUGCAUGGAUACGGCGGCUGGCUGCGGUCGGCAGCUGCUGCUGCGGCUGUGCAGCAGCAAGUGCUUGAUUUGGUGUGGGCCGGCGGCACUUGUGAGUGGUCGAGCAACGAAGCUAAAGGACGCACAUGCAUACGGCAUAUUGUCGCAUUCAAAGGCUGGCAGCUGGAUGGCGGACUGGAUGGAUUGAGGUUGGGCAGUUUGGCCCCGGCUGCGCGGCGCGGCGCUACUGCUGGCGAGAGUGCGGCCGAGCUAUUGCUGCAGGGAACCCCGCCGUGCGCGCGCUGGGGCACCCCUGUGGGGGCGCGCAGUGUGGGUGCGCAUGUGUGCUUGCAAUCAUGCGCGCAUCAGCCCUACGCGUGUGAUUUGAUCAUACAUACCGGUGACCAGGAGGCAGGAGAGAGGGAGCACUCCAUGUCCUAACCCGCAGGACAUCGGCGGGCGCUUUAGCAGCAAAUGGUAGCAAAGGGUGUGCAGAAAGGUGCGUGAUUUAAUUAUAGGGCAUAAGAACGGUAGGGUCCUGAGGCCCGGCGGUUCUGCACCAGGACAAUGGUUAGGGGUAAUAGUAAGAGGUAUGAUAUUAUUGCAGCUUGGAAUAAUGCAGCUUCGUGUGUGUUGCCGGCGGUGUGGUUAGCCGCUUGAAACGGCGGCUGGUAAGGUUUUUUGCGUUGCGCGGUACCGUGGCCCCCCGCCACUGGCGUGUGGUGUUUGUUGGCGGCCACCUGGAUUGACCACGCACGCUGCAAAGGGCGGGCAAAGGAAGGGUUGGAGCGUUCGGUAGGGGAGACGCGUAGCCGCAUACACACACCGUGCGUGCUAAUAAGGGCACGUCACGGGUGCGCAGAAUUGGAAGGCCCGAGGCUGGCACGGCUGAUAUGCGUGUGUAGCAGUCCACGUGAGGGGAUUCGGAUUGUGCGUGGCGAGGUGCGGUCGGAGUAGUUUUGCGAAAGAAGAAAACCCCCUGCCUUGAACCUGGCGGGAUCAAGGGGAGGAGGUUAACUGUAGUGUUAGUGUUGCGGUUUAGCCUUUCGGGCAUC